CUAGUAGUUGCCUGGGGUACUUGUUUCUGGCGCUGGGAUGUUGCAUGUUGUGAUCAGCGCAACGCCCCUGCGGAAGAUUUGGUUCUAUCGCCACCACUAGAAGGCACUAUUGUGAGGAAGAAGACAGAAGUGUCGUACUAGGCUGUUUUGCUCAGCUGCGGUUGCAGCUCUGAUCCAGAAUUCUCUGCUCAUCCUUGGAGCUAGCGAAGGCGCGUUCCUGUGCAAGUUUAUGGCCUGGCGGUCGGAACUCAAUUACACAUUUGAUGGCGCUGCCGAUUCAGCCUGGGACGAAGAUCCUCAUGUUCAGGCUGUGCUGAAGAAGGAUUCUGCUUCCGGGCGAGCACCUGGCAGCAUUCUGACGAGGAGGGGCCAAUUCAGCAAUGAAGCAGCCGUGGUUGCUGCAGGGUGCACUCCAGACCUUGCGGAGACGUCUGAGGAGGCGACUGGCAAGUCCUGGGUAGAGCGGGGGCUGCCGUGGGAUGGCCCCCAUCUUCGUGGGGCAAGGCAUGCCAGACAGGAGGACUCCGGCGCUAAGAGCGUGGUAGGAGUGGGCCGAGGUACAGAAAUGAAGCGCAAGGGAGGGCUCUCCAGCUUGGCGGAGUGUGCAGAUGCUGGCUGUUCUAAGAAAGCACAAAGACAGGCAGGGGCAGGUCUGUCUCAGGGCGCCAUGCCUGUCUUGGCAGCUGGGGAGGAGUCAACCACAGCCAGGGGUGCUUCCCUGACGCUGCGCUCGAGGGGCGGGGCAGACCUGCCCGCUUUGGAAGAUGCUACCUCGCCCCGCGUUUCUCUUAGCUCAAAGUCCAUUUCACAUCAGGGGGGCGAUCCGGUUCUGGAUUGCCCUCAGCAUUCUCGCUUAGGCUCCAGCCUCCCAGCCCUGGAUGUCCACAAGGCGGGCUCCCCGCACCAUGAUGGAACGUCGGAGGCGCCCCCCCUGCUCCUGGCCGAUCUGCCCCCCGCCCUGCUGCUGGAGGUCCUGUCGCACCUGCGCGCGCAUGACCUCUCGGUCGUGGCCUGUGUGUCCCGCUUGUUCCGCGGCCUGGCUGCAGAGAGCCAGGGCUGGAAGAACUUCUACUGCGAGAGGUGGCGCCCCGCGCACCCGCUCCAGGGGCCGCCUGCGGAGGGGGCAGAGGCGCAUGUCGCCCCGCAUGGGCGGUCGUGGAAGGAGCUGUACGUGGAGCGCGAGGUGCGCUCGAGUUCCUUGAUCGGCACCUUCCGCGCGGACUUGCUUCACGGCCACACGGCCUCUGCCCGCUGCGUCAAAAUCCUGCCUGGGAGCCCCAUCGUGGCUUCGGGCGGCUACGAUCGAUCGGUGCGCCUCUGGGACCUGGACACGGGCAUGCCGCUCGCCAUGACGGCGCCGCUGGACGAGACGGUGCGGUCAGUGGCAAUCGAUCACGAUUCGCUCGCUGCCGGCACCAGCGACGGGGCCCUCCGCGUGUGGCACGCCUCCAAUGCGUGCUCGCACCUGUUUGACCUGGGCGGGCAGGUCAGCCUGGGCUCCGAGAGCAGCUUUAGCAGCCCGGACAGGUGGUGGGGCCACGGAGGGCCGGUGUCGUGCCUAGCGCUGGAGGAGGGGCGCCUCUACAGCGGGUCCUGGGACAUGACAGCCAAGGUGUGGGCCACUGACGCCUCCUCCGACUCGGUCCUGCGCGUAUUCACGCACCGGGACUGGGUGUGGGCCCUGGUGGUGCGGCGUGGCACACUGUUGAGCACGGCCGGCCCGGACCUGUACCGCUGGGACGUCGAGACGGGGCGCCUGCUCACGCUGCGGCGGCGCGUGCACGGGCAGGCGCACGCGGUGCAGGGCACGCGGUCGGGCCACUUCACCUUCACGGCAGGCGACGACGGCGCCGUGCGCCUCUUCGACGAGAGGCUGCCGAGCAGGAAGGGUAAUGAAAGCGGGGCGGAGGAGGCGGUGGUGGCCUGGCGGCCGCAUGCGGCGGCCAUCAAUGCGCUCGCUUUCGAAGACCCGUGGCUGGUGGCCGCCUCCAGCGACGCCCAGCUGAGCAUGCUGGAUGCCCGGGGGUACAUUCACGGGCCACGCCGCGGGCCUGGCCAUGCCCCGGGUCCCCGGCACCGGGCGCCAGCAGGGCCGUCCGGCGGGCCCGAGACGGGUGCCGUGAGCCGGAGGCUGGGGGCCUUUGCGACAGCCGCGCUGUGCGUGGACCUGGACGGGGUGCGCCUGGUCGCGGGGGGGGAGGGGCCGUCGCACGUGCUCAGAGUGUGGGACUUCUCCCAGGCCUUGGAGAUCGAGCGGCGCGUGCAGGCCUCCCGCCAGAGCCGGCAGCGGCAGCGGCAGAAGAAGCGGCACGACAACCAGGAGUCGGUUGAGCGAACAGCUGCGGGCAGCUCCGCAGGCAGCCGCUGUGGCAAGCAAGAGACGGGCCGGUCUAGCAAAGAGGGGCGCGCGCGUGGGGAUGGGCACCCGCGAUUGCACUUGGCCCGGCCGCAUCCGCUUCCGCGGGAGCCGCUUGCCAAGAUGAGCGUACAUAGCGAGCGGAGUAAGGAGAGGGGCAAAGGACGAGGGGGCGCCUUGAGAGGAGCCGAGAAGGCGAGCUCCGACGAGGUGUGGCAGAUCAAGGGAAGAGGCAGAUGACACAAGGGCGCCCCUGGACGGACAGGUUCUGGCAAUGUACAUGUUUGAGCUACCUGGUAUUCGUGAUGCACUUUCAAGGCUGUUCCUUGUGCCUCCAAUGUGAACUUGACUAGCAGGAGCUGCCCGCAUCCUGUAGGGGCAGUUGGCUUGCAAGUGCCAUAGGGGACGGUGUGCUCUUACACAACAACGUCUCAAUAAGUCGGGCCUGCUCUUAGUAUGUAAUCUGGCUGAAAGUAAGUCGCC